UGGAGGUGGGGAGGACAGUCAGCUGUGCAGCGCUGGGCGGGGUCGCGUGGCAGCGCGUAGGCCCAAGGCUCCCGAGCUGCAACCGCCGCCGCCCCCACCCCCCGCCGGUCCCCUGAAAGGCGUCUGCAUCCGGAUCCGGAGCCUUCUCCCAGCGGGCACGAUGCCGAGGAAGCAGUGACCCCGAAGGAGGCCGAAGCCUGGGCGCCGGAAACUGCUGCCAUGUCCCACCAACCACUCAGCUGGCUGACCGAAAAGGGGGACAGCCCCAACGAGACCACAGGAAAUGGACCUCCCAAUCUGGCUCACCCAAACCUGGACACGUUCACCCCGCAUGAGCUGCUGCAGCAGAUGAGAGAGCUUCUAAUUGAGAACCAUCAGCUCAAAGAAGCCAUGAAGCUAAAUAAUCAAGCUAUGAAAGGGCGAUUCGAGGAGCUUUCAGCCUGGACAGAGAAGCAGAAGGAAAAACGCCUCUUUUUUGAGACCCAGAGCAAAGAAGCCAAAGAGCACCUAACAGCUCUGAGUCGUGAAAAUGAAAAACUGAAGCAAGAACUUGGAAAGCUAAAAGAGAAAACAGAAAGGUCCUUUCAGGGUAUGGGACCUCUCUGGGGACCCCAGGUCCCCAGAGCAGAGGCAGAACAGGAAGCAGAGCAGCUGAAGGCCCAGGUGACACGCCUUCAGGCUGAAAAGGCAGAUCUGCUGGGCAUCGUGUCUGAAUUACAGCUCAAGCUGAGCUCAGGUGGCCCUUCUGAAGACUCCUUUGUUGAAAUCGGAAUGGCUGAGGGAGAAGCAGAUGUGGCAACAAAAGAAAUCAAGACAACUCCUAGGCCCACAAGAACUGACUCCACUGACACGAGCAGAUCUGCAGAAGGCACCAGGAAUUAUUUGGAAUUUGAGGAAUUAACUGUGAGCCAGCUCCUGCUUGGUCUAAGGGAAGGAAACCAGAAGGUGGAGAGACUUGAAAUUGCACUCAAGGAAGCCAAAGAAAGAAUUUCAGACUUUGAAAAGAAAGUUAAGGAUCGUUCUGAGAUUGAGACCCAGACAGAGGGUCACACAGAACAAGAGAAAGAAGAGGAGAAAGGCACAGAAACUGUUGGAAGUGAGGUGGAAACGCUGAGCCUUCAGGUGACAACCCUAUUUAAAGAGCUUCAGGAAGCUCACAUGAAACUCAGUGAAGCUGAGCUGAUGAAGAAGAGACUUCAAGAAAAAUGUCAGGCCCUCGAAAGGAAAAAUUCUGCAACCCCGUCAGAGCUGAAUGAAAAGCAAGAGCUCGUUUAUAAUAACAAAAAGUUAGAGCUCCAAGUGGAAAGCAUGCGAUCAGAAAUCAAAAUGGAGCAAGCCAAGACAGAAGAUGAAAAGGUCAAAUUAGCAACUCUACAGUUGACACACAACAGGCUACUUCAAGAAUAUAAUAACGCACUGAAGACAAUUGAGGAACUAAAAAGGAGAGAGUCAGAAAAAGUGGAUAAGGUGGUGCUGCAGGAACUAAAUGGAAAGCUGGAACUGGCAGAGAAGGCCCUGGCUUCCAAGCAGCUCCAGAUGGACGAGAUGAAGCAGACCAUCGCCAAACAGGAGAAGGACCUGGAAACCAUGGCUGUUCUCAGGGCUCAGAUGGAGGUUUAUUGUUCUGACUUUCAUGCUGAAAGAGCAGCGAGAGAGAAGAUUCAUGAAGAAAAGGAGCAACUGGCAUUGCAGCUGGCAGUUUUGCUGAAAGAGAAUGAUGCUUUUGAAGACGGAGGCAGGCAGUCCUUGAUGGAAAUGCAGAACCGUCAUGGGGCCAGAGCAAGUGAUGCUGACCAGCAGGCUUACCUCGUUCAAAGAGAAGCCGAGGAUAGAAACUGGCUGCAAGAGCAACAGCGGAAUAUUCCAAUUCAUUCUUGCCCCAAGUGUGGAGAAGUUCUGCCCGACAUAGAUACACUACUGAUUCAUGUUACGGACUGCAUCAUUUAAGUGUUGACGUUGCACCUCCCCCAAACUGUUGGUAAAUGUCAGAUUUUUUUCCUCCAAGAGUUGUACUUGUGUGUUAUUUGUUUCACUCAAAUAUUUUGGCUCAUUAUUUUAGGAGAAAGGAAAGUGUUGUGUUCUAAAUAGGGCAAUUUUUUGUGUGUGGAUUUCCAUAAAAUCACAAAAUAGAAUCCUUAACAUACCACUCUUCUGACAAUAGGUUCUUUUUCUUCUUUUAAUUCAGUUUACACGAGCACUGAACUGUUCAUGCAGGUAGUGAGUGUGUGACAUCAUGGACACAGUAAGAGUGGCAAUAAGAUGGAUGAAGCCUAGCUGAUUAAGAACGUUCUAAGGAGGUAGGGAAAAUGAUGCAGUCACAGAUUUAAUCAAGAAAAGUGUCUUUGAAGUUUUUUUUUAUAAUAAAUUAUACUGUUAUUUUCCUUUAUCCAUUUAAGACAGGUCUGUAUAUGUAUAUAUCUUACAGUUUUAUUUCAGCCACAGCACCAAAGUUAUGAUGUGGCUCUUUUCAUAUGAGCCCUGUGAGUGUUUACUUGAUCAUCAGGACACAUGAAAAACAUAUGAGCCUACACGAAGCAGAUACAUUAAGUUCACUGGAUUUCCUGUAACUAUUGACAGUAUAAAGCUCUCUUUUUCUUUCGUUGUGCUGCAGGCAUAUGUCUGUCUGCUAUUCAGUUACCUACUGAAUAGUUUAAUACUGAAUAGUCUGUUAACUUCUAAAAAGAACAGCUAUCUAUUAAUUUUCUUCCUGGAUCAGGCUCUAUAUUCGUAAUCACAAAAAUAGUUGUUUCAAAAUAAAAUUUUGCUUAUGACUCUUUCACAUUGUUCAUAUAUGACUGGCUAAUUUCAUAGGAUGUAUGUUUUUCUGUAUUCAGCUUCAUAUAAGCUUAAUAUUUUUUCAGAACUAUCUUGUUAAUUCCACAAAUAUGAGCAAAUCCCUUUACUAGAAACUAGUAAGUGUUGUUUGAAUUAGAAACUGUUCUUUCUAAGGAGGAGAAAAGAUAGGGAUUUGCCAUAUUUUGUAAACAUACAGUUUAACCAGAUUAGCUAAUAUUGGACUAGCCGUGAAAGUUAUUAAUGUCCUUAUGUAUCUAUAUCAAAAAACAUUUAACAGAAAAAUGUUAAAGCUUCUCUGUUUGGCUUUGUUGUAAGACUUAUCUCCUAGACAAACUUGACUUGUGUGUGUAUGUAUAUGUAUAUUUUAAAACAGGAAUCAAAAUAGUUCAUUAUAGCUUUAUGUCAAGAGAACACAUUGCACAAAUUCAACAGCAAUUUAGAUUCCACCACCUCACCCCAUGGAGAACGUUUGUUAAAGACAUUUCUAAAAUAAGUAUGAAAUUUUACUUCUAAUUUCUUAUUUAGAGUUUCUAGUUUAAAAUUUUUUCCUUACUAUUUUAUAUUGGAGAAGACAGAUUUCUAAAGUAUCUUAAAUUGAAAAGCAAAUCAAAUGGUUCCAUAUUUAAGUUAUUGAGAAUAUCCUUUUACUUUGUUCAGGUAAAAAUAUUAAGCUGAUCCCAAUGUGAAAUAACAGUGUGAAUAUGCUUAUUAA